CGACUCAUCUGUCUGUCUGUCUCUCCGUACAGGACUUACCUGGUGGUGACGCCGAGGCUGGUGCGUGGUGGCCAGGUGUACAGGCUGGUGGUCAACAUCCUGGAGCCCUCGCCUACCCUGGUCGUCCGCACCACCAUCUUCCGCGACAACAUCGAACUGGCGGCCGUGGAACACGAGUGUGAGAGCGACACUCCUCAGGUCCUCGAGCUCAUGGUGCCGCAGGGGAGCACAGAUGGCAAGUACCGCCUGCGGCUGGAGGGGAACGAGAUCGGCGGCCUCACGGGGUCGGCCUUCGUCAACGAGACCGUGUUGGUGUUCAGCCCCCGCGGCGCCACCGUCCUCGUCCAGACUGAUAAACCCAUCUACAAGCAGGGAGACACAGUGCGGUUCCGCGUGGUGGCGCUGGACACGGCUGUCAAGAUGGUGGAGGACUCCGUCGACGUGUUCAUCCUUAACCCGCGAGGCGUCCUCGUCAGGCGCUGGCUCUCUCGGCAGUGCCGGGAAGGCCCAGUGACUUUGGAGUUUGUCUUGAGUGAGGAACCGGAUUAUGGAAGCUGGACCAUCCGCGUAGAGGCGAGUAACUCCUUCACACAACACAUCUUCAGUGUCGAGGAGUUUCAUCAGCCGAGGUUCGAGGUGGAGGUUCGCGUACCGGCGUUCCUGGCGGCCGACGCAGCCUACCUGGAGGGCGUGGUGGUGGCCAACUACACCUCGGGGGCCCCCAUCACCGGCAACGUGACUGUCAGGGCCGCAGUGAGGCCCGUCGGGCCCAGGGCCUUCCCGAACUACGGCCCGGACCCUUCGCUAGCUCAGCCACACGCCAUGUUCGCAGGAGUCUUCGCCUUUAAGUUCCGGAUGUCCGAUCUUGAGGAGCUCGUGUCAACGACGGAGGGCAGGGAGGUGAGGGUGACUGCCACAGUUGGCGACGCCUACUGGGAUGUGGCACACUCCGGCUACGCCUCCACCAGGAUCUUCAGCUCCGCCAUCAAGCUGGACUUUUUGGGAGAGUCGCCACAGGUUCUACGGCCCGCCAUGCCAUUCAAGUUCUACCUGUCGGCGACGCAACAUGAUGGUUCCAAGGUGCCGGAGUGGCGCCUGUCCCGCCACCGGCUGCUGGUGAGCCCCGAGGUGACGCUCUACACCGGCGAGAGACGGAAGCUGCUCUCCCGCACCGUCAAGAUGACCCACGCCCGCUACGCCCUCUGGGAGGCCGAGCUCGACCUCCACGGGGAGCUAGCGGACGUCGAGGUCGCCAUGGAGAUCGAGUCGCUACGUCUGGACGCUGAGCUGAAGGACGCCGUUGGGAGCCGGUCGUACGCCUCCCUCAUCACCGUGGCCCACCACUCCCCUAAGGGCCGCCACCUUCAGGUUACCACCAGCACCAGGAGCCCCAAGGUGGGCGAGUACGUUAUCCUCCACGUCAGGAGCAACUUCUACCUGGAGAAGUUCCGCUACGUGUUGCUGAGCAAGGGCAUGGUCAUCGAGGCCGGCCAGCAGCGGAUGGAGGCGUCCCUCAAGACCUUCCCUCUGCCGCUGUCGGCAGAGGUGGCCGGAGUGGCCACCGUGGUUGUCUUCACCGUUGGACGCGACGAAGAACUGGUGGCGGACGCCCUGACUUUCCCCGUGGACGCCCUCACCAGGAAGGGCCUCCGGGUGUCCCUGCAGGAGGACGCCGGGCAUGAGGGUCUCAGGGUCACCGUCUCGGCUAUCCCCGGCAGCCGAGUAUCGUUGGCAGGGUCUCACUGGGCCUCCUACAGUAUGCAGGCCGGCAACGACCUCACGCACUCCAAGAUCCUGUUCCAAAUGUCCCAGGACACCACCAUGACCCAGCAGGAGCCUCUGGAGCAGAAGUGGGUGUCCGAGGACGGUCUUCCCGCCAAUAUCCUUCACCUCCCAAGGGCGUCGCCAGGGGUCGAUCCCAAUGCCACGUUUUCAUAUGCUGACUUGCUGGUGCUGUCUGAUGGGAUGGUGCCUACACUUGGGCGUGCCUGUGGGGGAGCGUCAGGGCGUGGGCAGUGCCUAUUGGGUGGCUGCUUCAAUACUGUGGCUCGAUGUGAUGGCAAGUACGACUGUCUUGAUCGCGUCGACGAGCAAGGAUGCGGUGUGAGAGGGGCAGCAGCAGAAAAUCUGGCCUGGUACCGCCAACAUCGUGCCAGCAGACUCAGGCGUCACUACGACUCCCCCUGGGUGUGGCAGGAGGUCAUGGUUGGAGAUUCUGGCACUACCACCAUCACUGUUCCACUCCCCUUUGGCCCAGUUCACUUGGCACUCUCUGCCUUCAGCCUCCACCCAGAGCAUGGCAUGACCAUACUGCCAGAACCUGUCGAAUGGACAGGCUCUGUUGGGUUCUGGCUGUCAGUAGAAGCCCCAACCAGAGUAGGCGUGUGGGAGCAGGUCGGGGUGCGGGUUACAGCAGUCAACCACCACUACUUUCCCGUCAAUGCCAUCAUUGUCUUGGCCAACAACCCAGCCUAUAAGUUUGUCAAUGUCCAGAAAUUCGACCAAAUUCAUCCUUCUGCUGGUCCUAUGGAGCGGAGGAUGGUGGGUGGAGAACACGAGCAUGCCGUGCUAGUGGAGGGCGGAGAAACACACACCUUGUACUUGCCAAUAGUUCCUGUCAUGCUUGGGGAAGUUGUUGUCAUUGUGCAAGCCUCACUACCCGGCAAAAAAAUACAAAAAGAAGUCACCAUCUUCGUUGAGCCUCUGGGAGCGGUCCAAGAACGGCACACAUCACUACUACUCGAUCUCAGCAACCGAGCCUAUUUCUUCACUUUCCUGGACGUGAACGUGUCCGAGGGGCUGGUGCCAGGCUCUGAUGAUGCCCAUGUGUCAGUGUUUGGUGAUACAGUAGGAGCAGUCUUACCCAACAUUCCAGCCACAGCACAUGACCUCCUUGGACUUCCCACAGUUGGAUGUGAGCCUGUAGUGUUCAGCUUCUUGCUAACAGUAUUGCAGAUGCGCCACUGGAAGGAAAUGGCUCAAGAACCAGCAUUGAAAGAAAGAGAAGUGUUUCAGCGUCUUGCUUUGCUCUACCAAACUCUCUUGGUUUAUCAAGGACGAGAUGGUGGAUUUAAGAAUUACAGGACAAGUCAGACAAGUUCAGUGUGGGUGACAUCACUCGUGAUCCGAGCUCUAAAUGAAGUGUCUGUCAGCUGGCCUCACUUACUUUAUGUGGACCCUCAGGUGACAGACAAGGCUUUGAAGUUUGUGUUGGCACAGCAGGCAUCACAUGGGGCAUGGUGGGAGCCCAAUGGUGAGGUUGGUGACAGGAAGCUGGUGCCAUCACCCUACUCCCUUACUGGGGAAACCACACAUGCCCUUAACCUCUCCUCCACUGCCCACACUAUGCUCAGUCUUCUAGCGCUGAAAGGCCUGCCCUCGCCACUUGAUGAGCAUGUACUGGCGGCCAUUGCUCGAGGAGCAAGAUGGCUGCAGGAAAAUCUCUCUUUGGUAGGACAAGCCUCACGUCCAUUGGAGGUGUCCUUGGUAGCACUAUCACUCCAUCUUUCUGAAUCUGCCCAAGCUGACAAGGCCUUUGAGUUUGUCACACGUAAUGCUCGCCAGGAAGUGAAGUAUGUUUACUGGGGCGAAGACCUGGUGCCAUUGCCUUCCUACCGCGUUGAGUCUCAGCGUCCACACUUACAGCCACGUCUUGCCCACCGCCACGAUUCAGGCAAUGUAGCAGCAACUGCUUAUGCGCUUAGGCUCUACUCCCUCAGAGGGGAGAUCAUGGCACCGAGUAUUGUUAGGUGGUUACAGUCUCAGCGCUGCCACGAUGGUGGCUGGAUGUCAACACAGGACACACUGGCAGCAUGGGAAGCACUAUAUGAGUUUUCUCAGCGUGAGGGCCGAGCUCGUGACACCCAGCUUACUGUGACAGUGGAGCCUCUUCGUGACCACACACAGGCAAGAACUUUCUAUAUCACCCCAGACAACUUUCUACACCUCCAGACACAUCAGGUGAAUGGAAAGUGGGGGAGUGUGAGGGUACAGGGCAAAGGUCGAGGUUCAGCAGUACUUCAGCUCACCUCCAGGUACCAUGUUGCCGAGCCUUCCCAUCUAGUAUCACCCCCCACGCCAGCCUUCCGACUUCGGACCAGUGCCACCUGGCACGGGCAUAAUGGUUCAGCAUUAACAUUUACCACUUGCGUCCGCUGGAUGUUCAGGGAGGCAAGCGAUGCCUCGGGUAUAUCUGUGUUGGAGGUGACAGUGCCAACAGGCUAUGGAGCCUCGAUAACAGUCUUGCAGCAAUAUGUUAAUUCCCGCACUGUGCCAAACCUGAGAAGAGCUGAUUUUCAGCAAAGAAAAGUCACCUUCUUUUUUGAAAAGCUGGUUGGGACGGAUACCUGCGUUGAGUUCUCAGUAGAGCGAUGGUUCCCUGUGGCCAACCUUACCAAGGUUUUACCAGUGAGAGUAUAUGAGUAUUAUUCUCCAGAGCUUUAUGAGGUGGAACUCCUGGACAUGUCAUCGGUAACACUUGACAUCUGUCAAGUGUGUGGGUCGUACCAGUGUCCCAACUGCCCCAUUCUCUCCUAUUACAGCAGUCACUCCUACCAGCAUGGCUCUCACCUUUAUACCUGUGUUCUUGCCUUCCUUUUGCUAAUAUUUUCAUCACUUCAAGCUCCCAGUUGAAGCUCCAUAGGUGUCUAGUCAUCCAAGGAGCUGUAGUCACUCCUUCCAAGAAGGGAAUCGGCUUCCCCCCUCCCCCCCCUCAAAGCAACAGCCACUUGGGAAUGUGUGAAUGAUAGCAAUUUAGGUGAUUUUUCCACCGAACUUCAGUGCUGCCAGUGAUGGGAUAUUAGCUUCAGUGGAGGUUUUGCUGAUUGCAGUCUUACCACUAAUGUGAAAUAAGUUUGAAAAGCAAUGUUUGCUAAUAUUUGUGUUACAAAUAAUCCAAAAUCAUCUUACAGAUGAGCUAUGGGGAUAAUUCUCUGUUAACUAAAGUAUUAUCAGUGACAUGGAAAAUUUCAUAAACUAUAUUUGAUAGUUUUCGAGUUAGAAGUGGUGUGGAAUUAGUUUGAAAGGCAAUUUUUGUGAAUUAUAAUGUUGCUAGUCAAGUUUAAAAAAUAUAUAUAUAAAUAAAUAAGAUAGACACAAAGUACCUAAAAGGUAUGCAUGAACAGUAAUUGAAUAGAAUUAAUUUCCUUAUUUUAUAAUGAUUUGAAGUGGAUGUCAUAACACAGGUCAGUGAACAGAAAAUUAGAGCAAGUUUAUUAACACGCAGUUUCUGUUCAGUACUAGUGACGAAGUAGGAGCCAGUAUGUGAGAGGUAAAGCACUUAAGUCAUACAAAAAUUUAGUGCUAUACACGUGGAGAAAAUAUAUAGGUGUUAACAUUCUCUUAUCAUUGAUAAUUUUAAUUUGUUGUUGUAUAAGUCAUCAUAAGUAAUGAUUUGAAAAACUUCAUUCUGCAUUCAUUUUCAGCAUUAAUGAAUGCAUUCAAAACUGCAUUCAUUUUCAUUUUUGCAUUUGGUAUUGCAAAUACAGUACUGUAUUUUUUACAGUAACUGGGAUAUGUAGUCAAUGAAAUUAGUUAUAUUUAAAGCAGUUAUGUGAAAUGGCAUCCAUGGCUUUUAACUUAUUUUUACUAUUAUACUGAUAUAGUGAUUAUGUGUUAUAGAUGAACUUCAUAAGGUAUAUUUUGGUAGUGGAGUUAGGAGAGGAUUGGCUGCAACUUCCUUCAUCAUUUCUAAGCCAUCAUCAACAGGUGGUAUUUUAUAAGUUUUAAAUUCUCAUCCUUGUAUAGAUACCGAAAGCCUCUUCUUAAGAGAAUGAUUCUUUGUACGAGCCGCAGUCCAUUUUCAAUGCCUGAUUUGUGGUCUCGUUUUCGCUCAAGUCCCCCCUAAAGUGCCUCGAUCAUUCAAAGGAGGACUAUAUACUGUAUUUUGAUCACUACACAAGCCAGACUAGUGCGAGCAUGUAUUGAUAAGUAUAUUGUAUGAUUCACUGUAUGUAUAAGUAUGUGUAUGUCGUGCAUGUGAUGUUCAAAUGGGGAACACAUGGCCAUGUAAAUAAGUUCUAUAUUAACUUUAAGGAGGAAAAGUGUGAUUGUGUUGAAGUUGUACAUAAUGGGAUAUAAUUCACAGGAAUCUUCUGUGCAGGGGAUUCUGGUGUAACAUGACAUAGAUUGAGGCGUUAAGGUAAAGUUUGGCUGCGGUGACAUAGAAUACAUUCUGGUUGGUCAAGAAGCCCUGUUAUUAUAUUUUGUAUUACAUGCUUCAUUAGCAUUGAGUACCACCCAUGUCAGAGAGAGUAUUGGUGUAUAAUGUUUAAUAGCUUAAAUUUGCUAUAGAGGUCUAUAUUAUAGAUAUUGUUGUAGUCAAGUUGUCUGAAGGACUCUAUGGACAGUCACUGAUGCAUCCAUGUCUCAUUGCUCUAGUCAAUUAUUUCUUUGUACAUUGUGAUGCUUUUUAUAGUUAACAUGUACUGACUUUGACAGACUAAACAGCAGAAUAGUUUAGUUCAGUGGUACUAGAUGAUUAUCACUUGUCAUUCAUCAACAACGGGUCAUCUUGAAUGUGUCUCUCUCAGUCAUCUAUUGUCUUCUUAUUUAAAGUUUAGUGUUAUUGAGAACAUUAAAUUUGAUUUUAUUGUUGAAAACUUUCAAAAACUUUAAUGCUGCAUACAAAAGUCUGGUUCUUGUUAAAUUUGUAAAAGUGAUGAGUUUUAAUUUGUAUGCCUUAAAUAUUUUCCCCAUUUUUGGCACGAAUACAACUUGCGUGGGCGUGACUGGAAGAUGCUUGAUGCUUAGUUGGCUUCAUAACGAUAACACAAAAUGGACUGCCACAGUAAAUGGUGCAUAAUUAGGCUAAUUUCCAUUAACCAUAAUGCUAACCAUACUUAGUUUAUUUGGAUGAAAGUUCUCAGUAGUUUUUCUAAUAUUUCUUUACUAAAUCUUCAAGUAUGUUAACAAUUAUGCAAGUUAGAGAAACACAAAGCAUGAAAAUCCCAAAGUUUUGUUUUCAUAUUAUUUAAUUUCCAGAAUCCUGUACAUGUAUAUGAUAUAAUAUGAUAAUUAGGCUUCAGUCACUUCAGUACUAUUAAAGACAUUUAUUGCACAUGCUAUUAUUUAUUUGGUCCUCUUGGCUUAUGAUUGCAGAGCAGUUUUUAUCUCUGCUUCAGUCUUUUUUUAUUCCCGUGUUCCAAAUAUGUCUGAUUAACUUCGGUUCUGUAUUUACUAGUCAGCCGUGGACAAUAAAAUGACAAUAAAAGAGACAAAAAUAUAAA